AUGUCUCUCAACUUCUCCAGAACUUGUGAUUUCCAGAUAUGGCAGCGGCCAAGCCAACCCACCAACCAGCAACAGCCUCAGAUUGAGGUGGACGACAAGUCCAAUGUCUUCCUCAUCGAAUUUCACAUAACUAAGGUAGAUCAGUGGAAGAACUACAUCGGCAACAGCCAAGAACCAGUGUCUUCCUACGAAGACACUAAAUCCGAUACUAAAUUGGUAUUUCUUUCCAAACGUGAAGUGAUGUCGCAAGAUAUCAAUGGUGGUUGCUUGUGCUCUUUGCUUAGAAAGUUCGAGAUCCCAGUGGAAGAUCAUGGUACUAUGAUACGACAAAUUGUUGGAUUGGCUGGGACAUCAACGAUGCCCAUUGUUGUGAACAUAAUACACGUGUACUUAAUGGAAAUAUUGGUGCCUAAUAGUUAUAUGGAAAUAUUGGCACUGCCUAUUGUGGAUCCGGUGCGCGAUUACGAUACCAUAAUUUUGGACUCCAUGGAGACUUACGAGCCUAAGUCCAUUCCAGCGACUAAAUCUUCUAUUGAGGCUUUGGAGAAGAUUAUGUUUCAGCCGAGUUCAAACUCGAUUCAAGAAUGUAGCAUCUGCUUGGAAGAGUUUCAGACAGGUUUCGCAGUCACUCGCAUGCCGUGUUCACAUGUUUAUCACGGAAAAUGUAUCGCCAAGUGGUUGCAGACGAGUCACUUCUGUCCUUUGUGCCGAUACCCAAUGCCACAUUAUGCCUCAUAG